AUGAAUCACGCCUUAACAGAGGAGCAAAUACUUUUAAUCACUUUGCGGGUAUAUGCGACUGGUGGAAUGCUUCAAACAAUUGGCGAUUUGUUUGGGGCAUCAAAAUGGACAGUGUCCAAAGUUGUUACGCUGGUGUCACACCAUAUAGCAUUGCUAAGAGAACGGUUCAUAACAUUUCCAAAAGAUGACAGCCAAAAAUAUGAAACUUAUAAAGGAUUUUACAGUAUUGCUAAGUUUCCCACAGUAAUAGGUGCUUUGGAUUGUACGCACGUGAAGAUAAUCUUACCAGGUGGUAAUAAUCCAGAGCUUUAUCGAAUUAGAAAAGGAUUUUUCUCCAUUAACGUCCAAACAAUAUGUGAUGCAAACUUAAAGAUAACAAAUAUUGUUGCUCGCUGGCUCGGAUCUGCUCACGACUUAAAUAUAUUAAGAAAUUCCAGGAUUUAUUUUCGUUUCGAAAACGGUGAAUUCGGGGACAGUUUAAUUGUUGCAGAUAGUGGUUAUCUAAAUAAAAGGUUUUUGAUAACACCUUUGUCUAACCCGAUAACUCCAGAAGAAAACUUAUUCAAUGAGUCUUUAAUAAGAACGCGUUGUACCGCGGAAAGGAGUUAUGGUGUUUGGAAAAUGCGCUUUUCAAUUCUGUCACUUGGAAUUCGUUUAAAUCACAAAAAAGUCCAGAGCAUAGUUGUUGCUACUGCUGCCCUACAUAAUAUUUGCUGCACAAAUAAUGAAAACGAUUUACAUUUAUUAGAUCCUCAUGCUUCCACUGCAGUAGAUUUCGCUCCCUCAGUUCCAAGGAACAGGCAAUGA